CUCUGUCGGGUCAUUUCUUUGUUUUGCAUUUGUUUUUCUCUUUUCUUGUCCCUGAAUGAAUCAAUCUGCAAUUGGUAAAACCCUAAAAGUUAGCUAUGGCGACGAAACUCAAUGCGCUAAUACAACCGCAGCAACAGCGACAGCAGCAGCAACAACAGCCAUCGCAGCCACUGCAUGAGACUCCUCCUGCCGAUGCGCCGCCGAAGCAGGUGGCAGUGGCGAUGGACAGGCUGUCGCAAGCAGCACGUCUCAUUGCUGACAUUAGAAUCGGAGCUGAUCGGCUUCUAGAAGCAUUAUUUAUAGCGUCGCAGCCUCAUCAGAGUAGUAAACCGUUGCAAUUGUUUGUUAAAGAAGAUGUUGCAAUGCGCCAGCAUCUACAGGAUCUUCGCUCCCUUGGAAAGCAGCUUGAAGAAUCUGGAGUUCUUAAUGAUUCGUUAAGGUCGAGAAGUAAUACAUGGGGGCUACACAUGCCAUUAGUGUGUCCAGAUGGUGCAGUCGUUGCCUAUGCCUGGAAACGACAGCUUGCUGGUCAAGCUGGUGCUUCAGCUGUUGAUAGAACAAGGUUAGCGUUGAAGGCGUUUACGGAUCAGAAAAGAAGAUUCUUUCCUCACUUAGAUGAUGGACAAGAGAGUCAAAAUAGCGAAUCAUCAGUGGCAAAGAAACAUUGUAGUUCGCGAGAAGUACCACCAGUGGAUGUUCUUGUUGAAGAACUUAGUGAUUGCAAAACACUGUCGGCUGUUUUGACACGUUUUGAGAAAGAAAUGACAAAUGUGAAAAUUUCUACUUUUGAACGACUGGAUUGGCUGAAAAGAGCUUCUUCUUUACCAGCUUCAUCUGAUGAGAAUCCUGUAGAAACAGUGAAAGAACAUGCUUUUCCCACUUUAAAUAAGCUAAGAACUGGAUCGCAGGGCUCUGCCAGUGUUAUUAUGGAUAGAGUCGCUGUAAUUGAGUUGCUGUUCCCUUCUGUUUUUAGAGUUAUUAUAUCCUUGCAUCCAGUUGGUUCUAUUGAGCCAGAUGCAGUUGCAUUCUUCUCGCCAAAUGAGGGAGGUAGCUAUAUGCAUGCACGAGGUUCCUCAGCUCAUCAUGUGUUUAGACAGAUUACGGAGCAUGCUGCUACGGCUCUGCAACACUUUCUCGGGAUUAAGGCUGAAGUAGCACUAUAUUUUCUUUUGCACUGGAUCUGCAGCUACCAAACACUGUUUUCCAAAGUUUGCAGCAAAUGUGGAAAACUACUAGCAAUGGACCGAAAAUCAUCAUUAUUACUACCUCCGGUUCAACGACCUUGUCGUCAUUUUUAUCCUCCGAAAAUUUCAUCAACCAAGGAUCAGGCCCCAGAUGUCCCAGGGGCUUAUCAUAUAGGAUGCUUUUCAGAAGAUUCAUAGUCUUGCUGAUGAUACCUAAACAUUUGAAGUAGAAGAGAUAAAUCUGAAGGAGUAGUUUCAUCGGUAAGAUUUGCAGUUCAGAGGAAGAGGUAACAGUUUUGUAAUUUUCAGUUAGUCCAAUGUUAAUGUCGAUAGAAUCGGCCAUACGUGGCAUAGAUAUUAUGUAAAUAUAAGGUGUAUCACAUCUUCUCUAAAGGCUCUUGUGGUGUAAAAUGUGUUGGAAUCUCAAUGAUGAAACAGCCCUUCUGAUGAACUCAUUUGAUUGGCUAUGGAAAGUAAGUUUGGUUUUGGCAAGGACUGAAGAGAACAAAAACCCUGAAACUAUCCUCCAGCUGUCCUUAAAAAGACAAAAGUGCACCCACAUGGGAAAGUAUCAAUCAAGCAUUGCCCUACUUGGUACCCUUCUGCUUUUAUCGCAUCUGCUAUGUUUUGUUUGUAGUUAUGUUGCACUAAAUUAAAAAAUUAUAAUGUAAGAUUCAAGCAAUUUCCAAAUAAUAUAGAUUUUUUUGCAUA